AUGAUAGACGUUUGCAGGUACAAUCUGGCGUCCCUUUACUGGAGCUAUACUGCUCUUCAAAUACCGGCAGGAUUGCUUUGCGCAAAGUAUGGCAGUUCAUUUCUACUUGGUAUUGCAAUUUUUGGCUCCUCGGUUCUUACGCUUUUCACACCACUGAUCGUCAGGGCGAACGUCAGUGCCUUCAUAGUACUACGGGUACUGGAAGGUGCAUUCUUGGGUUUGGUGGCGAGUUCAGGCAUUGAUUUAAUAAGCAAAUGGUCACCUAUUUACGAAAGGAGUAUUUUCGUCACCGUUUCAUAUGCAGGUCUUCUGUGGGGAACAGUUUUUGCGAACUCAAUAAGUGGUCUUCUGGCCGGUAGUUCAUACGGGUGGCCGUCCGUUUUUUACUUCUUUGGAGCUCAAGGAGUCCUCUGGUAUUUAUGUUGGCUGUACCUGGGGGCGGAACAACCAGCUGAUCAUCCUACUAUAUCCCGGUCUGAGAUACAAAAGAUUGGAAAACACUGGACAACUAAAUUGAAAUUUCGUGAAAUUCCAUGGAGACAUAUGCUCACAUCGAUAAGAGUUUGGGCGAUCAUACUUCCCGUCUUUAUGGAUUGUUGGUGUUUCUACACAUUUAUGUUUUCAUUUCCAAGCUAUCUCAGCGAUGUUCAUAAACUAGAUAUAACAACGAUUGGUUUCACUAGUUCCAUUCCUUAUGUAGUAGCAGGACUACUCACACCUGCAUGGGGAUUUUUCAUAGAUAUGUUGAGAAAACGAAAAUAUUUAAGCACAACAAAUGCCAGAAAACUCUCUUAUUUGUUUGGUGCUGGAAUAGGUGGAGUCUUUAUCUUUGCCAUGGUUUAUGCAUCUAAUGCCUCAACUGCUAUUGUCAUAGCAACCAUAGCAAUUACAGUAUCAAAUUUUAGCUCAAGUGGUCCAGGAGCAAACUUGGUUGAGCUUGCACCAAAGUAUUCAAGUGUAUUAAUGGGUAUUUCUAACUUUGCCUGUAAUAUCACUGGUUUUAUUUCACCAGAAGUGGUUGGAAGUCUUACAGAGCACGGGAAUAUUCAACAAUGGGCAAUUGUAUUCUAUAUCACGGCUGCCAUCGAGGUUUUUGGAAUGCUCUUGUACCUUGUAUUUGGUUCGUCAGAAAAACAACCAUGGGCUGAUAAUUGAGUCGUUCAUUCACUUUCUGAAGUCUCUGUGUCCUCCCAGAGCAUUUUUAUGUUUUAUAAUUCAUCGUUCUUUUAUUUUUAAUCACUAUAACAU